AUGUUAUCAGGGAACCACACAUGGGUGCCAGAAUUUGUCUUCCUGGGGCUCUCACAGACUCAGGAGCUCCAGCUCAUCUUGUUUCUGGUGUUCCUGUUUGUUUAUAUCACCACUGUCGUGGGAAACCUCCUCAUCAUGGUCACGGUGACCUCUGAUUCCAGGCUCCACACACCCAUGUAUUUUCUGCUGCGAAACCUGGCUGUCACAGACCUCUGCUAUUCCACAGUCACUGCCCCGAAGAUGCUGGUGGACUUCCUCUCUGAGAAGAAGACCAUCUCCUACCAGGGCUGCAUGGCCCAGAUCUUCUUCUUCCACUUUCUGGGAGGUGCCAUGGUCUUCUUCCUCUCAGUGAUGGCCUGUGACCGCCUUGUUGCCAUCUCCCGGCCCCUCCACUAUGUCACCAUCAUGAACACUCAGGUCUGUGCUGGGCUGGUGGCGGCCAGCUGGGUGGGAGGCUUCAUCCAUUCCAUUUCCCAACUGGCUCUGAUGCUCCCUCUGCCUUUCUGCGGCCCCGUCUUAGAAAACUUCUACUUUAUCCAACCCUUGGAUAACUUUUACUGUGACAUUCCACAAGUGCUGAGACUGGCCUGCAUGGACACCUCCCUCCUGGAGUUCCUUAUGAUCUCCAACAGUAGGAUGCUGGUCCUCAUCUGGUUCCUCCUCCUCCUGAUCUCUUACACAGUCAUCCUGGUGAUGCUGAGGUCCCACUCAGGGAAGGCGAGGAGGAAGGCAGCUUCCACCUGCACCACCCACAUCAUCAUUGUUUCUGAUUUUUAUUCCCAGUAUCUAUAUCUAUGUUUUACCCUUCACUUCCUUUCCCAUGGACAAAGCUGUGUCUAUCAGCGACACCAUCUUGACCCCUAUGCUCAACCCCAUCAUCUAUGCACUGAGGAAUCAGAAGAUGCAGGCAACCAUGAAGAGAUUAGGCGAAUGCCUAGUGAUUUCCAGCAGAAAGUGA